AUUUGUCGAGAGAGCUUAUAUGUGGGCUGACUCGGUCACAACCAGCUGCAGUAAAGAAAGCUCCGCGACAAUAAAGAUUUAUGGAACGACAGACAUUCUAGUCUUAACCUGAAUUGUAAAUCGCCUGCCUCUUUCGAUUUUAGCAGUUGACAGACGGAAUAACACCUUACGUUAUCUGUCAGAACAUUUGAAUUGAUAAUCAUUUGUGUUGCAGUCAUCUCGGCUGGCGUACACCGUUGUAUUUCAGCUGCCACAAGAAUAUAUAACCGCCUGCUCGCUAAAGAACGACAAACUAUGGCAUUUAAGUAGUAUUCGAGUGUUACUUGUGCAAAGCAAAGUGUUUCAAAAAAGAGAUAUAUUGUGUAAUGGCAAUUUGGCUACGUAUUCUCUCCUGUUCAGCGCUAUUACUGUUGUAUAGUCAGGGAAGUCUAGCGGCCAACGAUACGAACUCAGAUGGCGGCUGUAGACUGAAUACAAGAUGCGAAGAAGGAAUAGUUCUGCCGACUUGGGGAGAUCCAGAUGCCGAUGUAUCGACUGGAAUAAGAGUCGCAAGAGCGUUUGUUUACUGUGUUGUACUUAUGUAUUUCUUCCUCGGCGUCUCAAUCAUCGCUGAUCGCUUUAUGGCAGCAAUUGAAAUAAUUACGUCGAAAGAAAAAGACAUCACAAUUACGGAUAAGAAAACAGGAAAACUACGCGUCGUUACGGUGAAGAUAUGGAACGAAACUGUCUCGAAUUUAACACUGAUGGCGCUUGGCUCUUCGGCUCCCGAGAUAUUGCUAACUGUCAUUGAAGUCUGUGGGAAAAACUUCAAUGCCGGGGAACUUGGACCUUCCACUAUCGUAGGCUCAGCAGCGUUUAAUUUAUUCGUGAUUAUUGCAAUCUGCGUGUAUUCAAUCCCGUGUGAUGAUCAUAGGCAGAUCAAGCAUAUUCAAGUGUUCGCAGUGACUGCUACAUGCUCGCUGUUUGCAUAUAUUUGGUUGUAUAUAAUCGUCGCUGUCAGCUCUCCCAAUAUCGUAAGCGUCUGGGAAGGUCUGCUUACGUUUGCCUUCUUUCCUCUGUUAGUUAUUAUAGCUUGGGGCGCCGAUCGUAAAUUCAACUUCUACCGUUAUCUUAGGAAGAGAGUUCGACGGCAAAAGCGGCAGGGAGUUGUAGUCGUACAGACCGGAGAUUACGAUGUCGUUGCAGUCAAAACAAAAGACGGUUAUAGCCGGAAUACAGAACUUGACGGAAAGUCUUACGACAUGGAAAACGGCGACGUGAACGCGGACCUGGACGAGGAAUCAGAGCUACUGAGCCAUGAUUUGACCGAGGAAAGGAAAAUGAAAGCGAUUCAAGUCGUUCGAGAUAUUCGGCAAAAGAAUCCGAAUGCAGACAAGGAGACGAUCGAUCGUAUAUUGGAGCAGGAAAACCUAAAAGCACAACCGAAAAGUCGUGCAUUCUACCGGAUCGAAGCGACGCGCAAAAUGGUCGGCAGCGGCAGUGUUUUGAAGGCAAAGCACGAGAAAUUAGAGCAGGCAGCCGCUCACUCGAUUGCAGACGUCGAUGUGGAGGUUAACGAACUCGAAGAUCUCGAGAAACAGCAUGUAACACACGUUUUUUUCGACCCACCGCAUUACACAUGUAUUGAAAGUUGUGGGAACCUCUUGGUGACCGUAAUACGCGCGGGAGGUGACGUGAACAAUACCGUGUAUGUUGAUUUCAAGACAGAGGACGGUACCGCGAAAUCUGGCGAGGAUUAUGAACGAACCGAGGGCACGUUGUGCUUCAAACCAGGCGAAACAGUGAAAACCAUAUCGGUGACGAUAAUCGAUGACGAUAUUUUUGAAGAGGACGAACAUUUUAACGUGCGUUUAAGCAACAUUCGUCUCGCAGGGUCGGACGGAAAGCCGGAGAAUUAUGAUGGCACAGCAGGGGUGCUGGGCCAUAACUCAACAGCUGAGAUUGUCAUCCUUGACGAUGAUUACCCUGGAGUGUUCACCUUUCAGGAGCAGAGCAAGACCGUCCCCGAAGCCGAUCGAAUCGUGGUCCUCACCGUGGUCCGACAGCAAGGGGCGAGGGGGAUUGUCAGGGUGCCGUACCACACCAUGGAGGGAACAGCCAAAGGAGGUGGGGAGGCCUUCGAAGACGCUAUUGGCGAAAUGGAAUUUGACAACGAGGAAUACAGUAAAGAUAUCCACAUCGUGAUUGUUGAUGACGAAGAUUAUGAGAAGAAGGAAACAUUUCAGGUUUCUCUUGGCCAGCCUUAUGUGGUGACAGCUGAUGGGGAGCAACCCCCUCCCUCACCCGGGGGAAACACCCCCGAAGAGGAGAGAAUAAGAGAACUGGGGAAACCGAGAUUGGGUGAUAUCAAGACCGUCGAAGUCUCUAUCACUGAAAGCAAAGAAUUCAAAAACACCGUCGACCGACUUUUGGCGAAGGCCAAUCUGGCGUUGGUCGUCGGAACGUCGUCGUGGCGCGAGCAGUUCUCCGACGCCUUUACGGUCGGCGGCGAUGACGAAGACGAUGACGACAGCGGGGAACCGUCCCCCCCGACGUACGGGGAUUAUCUGAUGCAUUAUUUAACCUUAUUCUGGAAGGUUCUUUUUGCCACGGUUCCGCCAACAGAUAUUUGGAGCGGUUGGGCAUGUUUUGUCGUCUCUAUUAUUUGGAUCGGUAUCCUGACGAUGUUUAUCGGUGAUCUGGCGUCUCAUUUCGGUUGCACCAUCGGAUUGUCGGACAGUGUCGUCGCCAUCUCGUUUGUGGCCCUGGGAACAAGCGUACCAGACACAUUCGCCAGCAAGGUUGCGGCAGUUCAAGACGAGUACGCAGACUCCUCGAUUGGUAACGUUACCGGAAGUAACUCAGUCAAUGUCUUCUUGGGUGUCGGUCUCGCGUGGUCACUUGCGGCCAUCGUCCACGCGAUACGCGGGACGGAAUUCGAGGUAGCCGCGGGCUCGCUCGGGUUUUCCGUGCUGAUAUUCUGCAUUUUCGCCAUCACGGCAAUAUUCGUGCUAAUGUUGCGUCGUCACCCCGCGGUCGGUGGUGUCCUGGGCGGACCGAUGAAGUACAAACUACCAACCACCAUAUUCCUUGUCUUUCUCUGGAUAAUGUACAUCAUUCUGUCCUCGCUUGAGGCCUACUGCCACUUCGAGGGCUUCUAAGCUCGAGGAUUUGUACUUUGUAAACAGUUUUCGCAACGUGCCGUUGUAUUUUUUGCAAGCAAUAUUUGUGCUCAUCGUGUUGUAAAAACGUGUCAUAAUGCAUCGUUUGAUUCCAAAUUUUCGAUACGAUUGACCUUAACACUUGCCAUUUUAAAAUCACUGAUUAAAUUCUUGCACGCACUAAGGACCUUAAAUCUGAGCUGUACGGAGGAGUUAACUGAAUGGACUAGACUGUGCCGGCUGGAGUCGAAACGGCUCGAUUUGCGGUGAGGUCUUUGAAGCUGAAAUAGACGUGGACUGUACUGAACUUUGAUUGGUCGAUAUCGGGAGCAACAGGGAGAAGACUGGAUCAUGGGUUGCCGGUCUGCAUUUGCACUGAUGCAGCCGUUAGCCUGAUUUCUGGAUGCGUUGAGCGUUUGAAGAUUUAGAGAAAUAUUUUCGAUGAAGUGGGGUUAUUUAAAAACGAAGAAACUGUGUACAAGAAGAAAUGAGAUGGAAAAAAUAAAGCAGAUUGCACGCAGUUGCUGAGAUGUAUAAAUCUGGUUAACACAAAACGGACGAAGAUAAUAUUUGCACGAUGGAAACUGUUUUGGGAAAUACAGUGCAUUGGAAAUACCGUCGAGUGAAUCGCAAAUUACCUUGUAUUCGCAAAUUACCUUUAUAUUUCUGGGCAUCCUCGUCUGGGCAUUUUCUGCAUUAAGGUUAGGCGUGAAACUUAGGUCAAAAAAGGAAAUAUUGUCGCCCAUCCGGCGACCCGCAAGAUUUUAAAAUACGCGGGCAGGAACUCUGAGUGGGUCUCUGUGUUCAUCUUGUCAUCGGCUUCCAAGAAUCCCCAUUUAUAUCGUUUACAAUUAAUUGGUUAAUAAGGAUGUCAACCACAGCACUUGACAGAGUAAAACACCACUUAAUUUUGAACCGCAUGAUUGAGAUAUCUUUUUCGGGUUUCAAAACAUAGAAUUUAGUCCAAGGGAGACAAAACAAACAAAUGAUGCGGUCUCGUCUUAUUUUCCAAGCACUGUGUUCCACAGAAUCACGGUUUUGAACGCAAUUAAAAUGCCUGUAUGAACAGAAAUUCGAUCGAAUCUUCGACUGAAACAGAUGUGAUAUAUAUUUAGUGAAAGACGAAUAUUUUAUUGAACCGUUAUUAGCUGCCAAUGUAUAGCAGAACAAUUAGAAGUUAGUUAUGUAGUACGAAAUUAUUAGCUCAUUUAGGUAAGGUAUAGUCCAGUAAAUUAAUUUUACACCAAAGUGA